GCGGCACUCAGUCCCGGGCGAGCGCCCGCGGAGGCGGCGGCGGCGACGCCGGGAGGGCAUGCCGCGCCACCGGAGCUCCUGUCGGGCGCAGGCUUCCCUGGCGCAGGCUGCGCGCGGCUGCUGCUGCUCCCACUGCUGCUGCGGACUCCCAUGGCGGCUCCGCCCGGUCGGGGCCGCCGCCGCUGUCGCCAGCCUUGGGCUGAAUGAAUGAGCCGGAGCGGCGGAGCCCGGCUGCCAGCGACCGCGCUCACCGGCCCGGGACGCUUCCGUAUGGCCCGAGAGCAGCCGGCGCCCGUGGCGGUGGCCGCAGCCAGGCAGCCCGGGGGCGACCGGAGUGGCGAUCGGGCGCUGCAGGGGCCAGGGGUCGCCCGCAGGGGGCGGCCGUCGCUGAGUCGCACUAAAUUGCACGGGCUGCGGCACAUGUGCGCGGGGCGCUCGGCGGCGGGCGGCUCUUUCCAGCGGCGGGCGCUGUGGGUGCUGGCCUUCUGCACGUCCCUUGGCUUGCUGCUGUCCUGGUCUUCGAACCGACUGCUCUACUGGCUCAGCUUCCCGUCACACACGCGAGUGCACCGCGAGUGGAGCCGCCAGCUGCCGUUCCCGGCGGUCACCGUGUGCAACAACAACCCAUUGCGCUUCCCGCGCCUCUCCAAGGGGGACCUCUACUACGCGGGCCACUGGCUGGGGCUGCUGCUGCCCAACCGCACGGCGCGCCCUCUGGUCAGCGAGCUGCUGCGGGGCGACGAGCCGCGCCGCCAGUGGUUCCGUAAGCUGGCCGACUUCCGCCUCUUCCUGCCGCCGCGCCACUUCGAGGGCAUCAGCGCUGCCUUUAUGGACCGCCUGGGCCACCAGCUGGAGGAUAUGCUACUCUCCUGCAAGUACCGGGGCGAGCUCUGUGGUCCGCACAACUUCUCCUCAGUGUUUACAAAAUAUGGGAAGUGUUACAUGUUUAACUCAGGCGAGGACGGCAAGCCUCUGCUCACCACGGUCAAGGGGGGGACGGGCAACGGGCUGGAGAUCAUGCUGGACAUUCAGCAAGAUGAGUACUUGCCCAUCUGGGGAGAGACAGAGGAAACGACGUUUGAAGCAGGCGUGAAGGUUCAGAUUCACAGUCAAUCUGAGCCGCCUUUCAUCCAAGAGCUGGGCUUUGGGGUGGCGCCGGGGUUCCAGACCUUCGUGGCCACGCAAGAGCAGAGGCUCACGUAUCUGCCCCCACCAUGGGGAGAGUGCCGGUCCUCGGAGAUGGGGCUCGACUUCUUUCCUGUUUACAGCAUUACCGCCUGUCGGAUUGACUGUGAGACCCGCUACAUCGUAGAGAACUGCAACUGCCGCAUGGUCCAUAUGCCAGGGGACGCCCCUUUCUGCACUCCUGAGCAGCACAAGGAGUGUGCAGAGCCUGCCCUCGGUCUGCUGGCAGAAAAGGACAGCAAUUACUGUCUCUGCAGGACCCCCUGCAACCUGACCCGCUACAACAAAGAGCUCUCCAUGGUGAAGAUCCCCAGCAAGACGUCAGCCAAGUACCUGGAGAAGAAAUUUAACAAGUCAGAAAAAUAUAUCUCAGAGAACAUCCUUGUUCUGGAUAUAUUUUUUGAAGCUCUCAAUUACGAGACAAUUGAACAGAAGAAGGCGUAUGAAGUUGCUGCCUUACUUGGUGACAUUGGUGGCCAGAUGGGAUUGUUUAUCGGUGCUAGCAUCCUUACAAUACUAGAGCUCUUUGAUUAUAUUUAUGAGCUGAUCAAAGAGAAGCUUUUAGACCUGCUCGGCAAAGAAGAGGAAGAAGGGAGCCAUGAUGAGAACAUGAGCACCUGUGACACAAUGCCAAACCACUCUGAAACCAUCAGCCACACUGUGAAUGUGCCCCUGCAGACAGCUCUGGGCACCCUGGAGGAGAUUGCCUGCUGACACCUCUCAGGCAACCCAGCACCUCCAAACAGACCUUAAAGGCCCAAGACCCAGGACAGGGGACAGCAAGCUCAGGUGGGACAGCCCCUGAAUGAGAAAAAGAAGCAAGAGCGACCCCCCUCCCUAUGCACACAUUGCGAACUUCUGCCAAACCUCACUCUGGCCACAUCUGACAUGAACCGUCCCGGGGGCCCUGUCAUGUGUCCCUCGUAGGACCGAUGAUGAGUCACACUCCGGAACUGCCCAAGAACUAACCUGCCAUCACAUCUCACUGCCAGAUGUACAAAGCACCUGCAUGCUCAGACUUCUCACGGCGCCACCUCCACGUCUGUCUUGUACAUGAUCUUUUUCUCCAUGUGAUUUCUAAAGCCCACUCUGCGGCCCAUGCUGUGGACCCAGGUUCCAGCCCCAAUGUCACCCUGAGCCCAGCUCUGGAGUCAAAACGGCACCAUCCAGAAGGAAACCACAGAACUCUCUACAACGUUUGAUCCUUGUGUUGUGUGUGAAGGUUCUUAGCCUUGUCCCCAAACUGGCCCACGGGGCUCCCAUACUACAGGUGACCAAUGCCAACCUCCUUCCUAUUCCAGCACCUGUGGAGGUGGUACAGUGGCCUGGGUGACCCCCAGUAUUUGUCCACGGAGCCACGUCGUUCUCUCCCUGUGACACAACUAUGGAGUCUGAUUUUUU